AUGGCUAUGCAAGCAGCGAAACGCGCCAAUAUCCGACUACCCCCUGAGGUGAACAGGGUUCUCUACAUAAGGAACCUUCCUUAUAAAAUCACAGCCGAAGAAAUGUACGAUAUAUUUGGAAAAUAUGGACCAAUCAGACAAAUCAGAACAGGAAACACACCUGAAAGCAGAGGAACUGCAUAUGUGGUUUAUGAAGACAUCUUCGAUGCCAAGAACGCCUGUGAUCAUCUCUCAGGCUUCAAUGUCUGUAACAGAUACCUAGUUGUGCUGUACUACAACGCAAACAGAGCUUUCCAGAAGAUGGACACAAAAAAGAAAGAGGAGCAGUUGAAGCUACUAAAAGAAAAAUAUGGAAUCAACACAGACCCACCAAAAUAG